CUUCCCAUUUCUUUUCUUAGCCUUAAUAUCUUUAAUUUUCAUAAAGAAAUUAUUUCUUCUCUUUUACCAUAAAUUAAUUCUUGUUCCAUCUCACUUCAUUAACUUUGGGUCAUCAAUAAUUAAUCGAAACCAUUGCCAGAAAUAAUAAUAACAAAUAAUAAUAAAUAUCUAAACUUCUCUUAUUAUUGAUUGAGCUAAAAAAAACCAGCUGUCUCAUUACUGUGGAAAACUUCUAGGGUUACUUUGUUGUUGGCUUGCCCGAAAGAAGAAGAGGAAUGAAGGAAAAUGGUAGAAAGAACGGCGCCUUAUCGCCAUGCGCGGCUUGCAAGUUACUUAGAAGGAGAUGUGCACCGGACUGUGUUUUUGCUCCGUAUUUUCCAGCUGAUGAGCCUCAAAAGUUUGCUAGUGUCCAUAAGGUGUUUGGUGCUAGCAAUGUUAACAAGAUGUUACAGGAAUUACCGGAGCACCAACGACGUGAUGCAGUGAGUUCAAUGGUGUACGAAGCCAACGCUAGGGUUCGUGACCCUGUGUACGGAUGUGUAGGAGCCAUUUCAUCGUUGCAACAACAGAUCGAUUCUCUGCAAAACCAAUUGGCACUUGCUCAAGCCGAGGUGGUGCAGAUGAGGAUGCGCCAAUUCGGUUCGACCUCAUCGAACCCGGGCACCAACUCGGCUGAUGAGAACAUUGCAUCAGUUGCAGAUGCCCCUUCCAAGUUCAUGCCAUCUCAUCAUCAGUCCAAGUCCUUUUUUUGCGUGGACAUGGUUGAUCAGCCUAAUAUGGCUGAGUCUUUAUGGUCAUACUAGCUUUUGGAUUAUGCUUACUUGCAUGUUAUGCUGUUAUGGCUGCUUUGCUUCUUUUUACUACUUUUUUCUCACAUAUAUAUACUCCUACAGUUUCUACCUGACCCAGGUGGAUUUGAUUAAUCAUUAUGACCAUUAAAAUAUUGUAAAUAUACAAUUAGGACUUUAUUUAUAUUAUCACUAGCUAGCUUGUGUAUUUCCUCGUUGUACAAGUUCAUUAAUAUAUAUUUUAUAGUUUGCUUGUCGGUAA